AUGAAGGCAUCUAUCGCCACACUUGUUCUGGCCUUUUGCGUCAGCAAUGCCAUUGCUGCUCCAGCUCAAAAUGAUGCAUUCGAGAAGCGCGAGCCCGCUCUUCCCAUCGCAGCAAAGGUUGGCAUCAAGGCUGGAGCUGCGUUGGGCAAAAAGAUUUUCUUCGACGAAAAGCGCGACGUGGAUGUUGUUGAGAAGCGCGAGCCCUUCCUACCGCUAGCUGCCAAGGUCGGCGUCAAAGCUGGCAUUCUCGCCGGCAAGAAGAUCCUCUUCGAUGACAAGCGCGAUCUCGAUGCUGUUGAGAAACGCGAACCUUUCCUGCCAUUGGCAGCCAAAGUUGGCGUGAAAGCCGGUGUCUUGGCCGGCAAGAAGAUCUUCUUUGACGACAAGAAGCGCGAUGUAUCUGGCGACUCCAAGCGGGAUGCUUUCAUUGAAUUCAAGCCUUUCGAUGACGACCCAUUCAACCCAUUCGACGACGAAGGCGUCAUUGGAAAGCGUGAUGCCCUGCCUCAGGAAGGAGUCAAGGAAGGACUCAACAAUGCCAUCCAAUGGUGGGCCAAAGAGGUCAACGACGACAGCCCACUGAACCCAUUCGACGACCCCGGUCUUCCUGGCAAACGCGAGGCUCAGCCGCAAGGAGGUGUCAAGGAGGGACUGAACAACGCUAUCCAGUGGUGGGCCAAAGAGGUCAACGACGACAGCCCAUUGAACCCAUUCGACGACCCCGGCCUUCCAGGAAAGCGUGAAGCUGAACCAUUCAUCAAGGAUGUGCUCGGAAAGGUCCUUCCUCAGGACAAGAACGAUGACACAUCGUUCAACCCUCUUGACGGCAAGCUUGAUAUCUUCAAGCAGUAG